AUGGCGGAACGUUUUUUCCGUUCAUUAAAAGCAUCUAUUAUGGCUCAAACCAACGAAAAUGGUUGGUUAGGCAACCUUCCUUGGGUCAUGCUCGGUUUACGGUCUGCAUAUAAGCAAGAUUUAAAUGUUCAUGUGCCGAGUUGGUGUACGGUACAACUCUUCGUUUACCAGGACAGUUCUUUGAGAAACCAGACUCAAUUUGGACCAGCGUUCGUUUCUUGCCGAUUUGCAAAAUCGUAUGAACAAACAUCGCCCGACUCUCGCGCGACCUCUACUGCGCAACCCGUCAUACAUAGAUCCCAACCUCUGGUCCUGCUCGCAUGUGUUUGUUCGGGUAUAGAUCGUCUCAAAAGGGCACUGGAACGUCCUUACGAAGGUCCUUUCCGAGUUGUUGGACGCGCGAAGACAUACUUCACGAUUGAUUUUGGCACACGAGUCACUACUGUUUCCAUAGACCGCUUAAAACCUGCAAAUACUCUAUUGGAUAUAACGGACAGUCUCGACAAUGCUGCUGGUAGUCCAGUUUGCAGAGUGGAAGGUGAAAACGACAUUUUUACCAUGAACCCUGAUGUCGGAUCUUUUAAUGCAGAUCCAAACACGACCCCUAGUCCUUCACCUUUGAAUGAAUGA